AUGUCCGCCGCCUCCAGAACACGUCACCACCGGGAAACUGGGGUCCAACCAAGGAGCGAAGCCAGCUGUUAUAGGAGACUCCAGCCACAAUCAGCCAUCGUCCCGAAUUCUGAAGUUUGGUGUCAGUGUAUGGAGAGGCGCAGUGGUGAACUUGCUGCCAUAGAAAGACAGCUUCAUAAAGCUCUAGAAGUGGGUACAAAUGCAGCUCCAGGAGUGGGUACAAAUGCAGCUCCAGGAGUGGGUACAAAUGCAUCUCUAGGAGUGGGUACAAAUGCAGUUCCAGCAGUGGAUACAAAUGUAGCUCCAGGAGUGGUUACAAAUGCAGCCCUAGGAGGGGGUACAAAUGCAGUUCUAGGUGUGGGUACAAAUGCAGUUCUAGGUGUGGGUACAAAUGCAGCUCUAGGUAUGGGUACACAUGCAGCUCCAGGAGUGGGUGCAAAUGCAGCUCCAGGAGUGGGUACAAAUGUAGCUCUAGAAGUAUGCACAAAUGCAGCUCCAGUAGUGGGUACACAUGCAGCUCUAGGAGUGGGUACAAAUGCAGCUCUAGGAGUGGGUACACAUGCAGCUCUAGGAGUGGGUACACAUGCAGCUCUAGGAGUGGGUACAAAUGCAGCUCUAGGGGUGGGUACAAAUGCAGCUCUAGAAGUGGGUACAAAUGCAGCUCUAGGAGUGGGUAAAAAUGCAGCUCUAGGAGUGGGUACAAAUGCAGCUCUAGGAGUGGGUAUAAAUGUAGCUCUAGAGGUGGGUACAAAUGCAGCUCUAGGAGUGGGUACAAAUGCAGCUCUAGAAGUGGGUACAAAUGCAGCUCUAGAAGUUGGUACAAAUGCAGCUCUAGGAGUGGGUACAAAUGCAGCUCUAGAAGUUGGUACAAAUGCAGCUCUAGAAGUUGGUACAAAUGCAGCUCUAGGAGUGGGUACAAAUGCAGCUCUAAAAGUGGGUACAAAUGCAGCUCUAGGAGUGGGUACACAUGCAGCUCUAGGAGUGGCUCUAGAAGUGGGUACAAAUGGAGCUCUAGGAGUGGGUUCAAAUGGAGCUCUAGAAGUGGGUACAAAUGCAGCUUUAGGAGUGGGUAUAAAUGUAGCUCUAGAAGUGGGUACAAAUGCAGCUCUAGAAGUGGGUACAAAUGCAGCUCUAGGAGUGGGUACAAAUACAGCUCUAGAAGUUGGUACAAAUGCAGCUCUAGGAGUGUGUACAAAUGCAGCUCUAGAAGUGGGUACAAAUGCAGCUCUAGAAGUUGGUACAAAUGCAGCUCUAGAAGUGGGUACAAAUGCAGCUCUAGGAGUGGGUACAAAUGCAGCUCUAGAAGUUGGUACAAAUGCAGUUCUAGAAGUGGGUACAAAUGCAGCUCUAGAAGUGGGUACAAAUGCAGCUCUAGGAGUGGGUACAAAUGCAGCUCUAGAAGUUGGUACAAAUGCAGCUCUAGGAGUGGGUACAAAUGCAGCUCUAAAAGUGGGUACAAACGCAGCUCUAGGAGUGGGCACACAUGCAGCUCUAGGAGUGGGAGUGGGUACAAAUGGAGCUCUAGGAGUGGGUACAAAUGCAGCUCUAGGAGUGGGUACAAAUGCAGCUCUAGGAGUGGGUAUAACUGUAGCUCUAGAAGUGGGUACAAAUGCAGCUCUAGGAGUGAGCAUAAAUGUAGCUCUAGAAGUGGGUACAAAUGCAACUCUAGGAGUGGGUACAAAUGCAGCUCUAGGAGUGGGUACAAAUGCAGCUCUAGAAGUGGGUAUAAAUGGAGCUCUAGGAUUGGGUAUAAAUGCAGCUCUAGGAGUGGGUACAAAUGCAGCUCUAGAAGUGGGUACAAAUGGAUCUCUAGGAGUGGGUACAAAUGGAGCUCUAGGAGCGGGUACAAAUGCAGCUCCAAGAGUGGGUACAAAUGCAGCCCUAGGAGUGGGUAUAAAUGUAGCUAUAGAAGUGGGUACAAAUGCAGCUCUAGAAGUGGGUACAAAUAGCGCUAUAGAAGUGGGUACAAAUGCAGCCCUAGGAGUGGGUACAAAUUCAGCUCUAGGAGUGGGUACACAUGCAACUCUAGAAGUGGGUGUAAAUGUAGCUCUAGGAGUGGGUACAAAUACAGCUCCAGGAGUGGGUACAAAUGCAGCCCUAGGAGUGGGUAUAAAUGUAGCUUUAGAAGUGGGUACAAAUGCAGCUCUAGAAGUGGGUACAAAUGGAGCUCUAGGAGUGGGUACAAAUGCAACUCCAGGAGUGGGUACAAAUGCAGCCCUAGGAGUGGGUACAAAUGCAGCUCUAGGAGUGGGUACACAUGCAGCUCUAGGAGUGGGUACAAAUGCAGCUCUAGAAGUGGGUACAAAUGGAGCUCUAGGAGUGGGUACAAAUGAAGCUCUAGGAGUGGGUACAAAUGCAGCUCCAGGAGUGGGUACACAUGCAGCCCUAGGAGUGGGUAUAAAUGUAGCUAUAGAAGUGGGUACAAAUGCAGCUCUAGAAGUGGGUACAAAUGGAGCUCUAGGUGUGGGUACAAAUGUAACUCCAGGAGUGGGUACACAUGCAGCCCUAGGUUUGGGUACAAAUGCAGCUCUAGGAGUGGGUACAAAUGCAGCCCUAGGAGUUGGUACACAUGCAGCUCUAGGAGUGGGUACAAAUGCAGCCCUAGGAGUUGGUACACAUGCAGCUCUAGGAGUGGGUACAAAUGCAGCCCUAGGAGUUGGUACACAUGCAGCUCCAGGAGUGGGUACAAAUGCAGCCCUAGGAGUUGGUACACAUGCAGCUCUAGGAGUGGGUACAAAUGCAGCUCUAGAAGUGGGUACAAAUGGAGCUCUAGGAGUGGGUAUAAAUGCAGCUCUAAGAAUGCUCCUAUUUUAUUCUCAUCAAACAUGA